AUGGCGACUAGAAAGGAGAUCGGUCCUGCUCCUGCGUCAGACACGAGCCCCAAAGACAACAGUUUGGUUACCACCGACGAACGGCCCAUUGGUUCGCACGCUGAAGCUGCUUCUACCUCUACCUGGAGACGAGUUGCUGGUCUCAUUUGGGACACAGCUGAAGGUGACCCGGAAUACCGCAAAUAUGUGCAACGACUGGAUUUUAUCUUUUUCCCGACGGUAUGUCUCGGAUACUUCAUCAAAUAUCUGGAUCAGACGAACUACAGCAACGCAUUCGUUAGUGGCAUGCAAGAAGAGCUCAGCCUCUACGGCAACGAGCGCAACUGGUUGAAUACCUGGUUCAGCCUUGGUAUCAUGGUCGGCAGCGUUCCAUCCCAAAUGACCCAGCUCAGCUUCGUCCGUCCGUCCAUCCUAAUUCCCUGCUGCGAACUCGCCUGGGCUGCCUUGACGGUCGGGAUGGGAUUCACUAGUAAUAUCAAAGCAAUGUACGGUCUGCGUUUCCUCAUCGGGCUAUUCGAAGCCUGCGCAUUCCCUGGAUACAUUGCCAUGCUGGGCAGUUGGUACGGUCCUAAAGAACUCACCAAACGAACCGCCAUCCUGCUACAAGUUGAGUCGAUUGCAAGUAUGUUUAGUGGGUAUCUUCAAGCUGGACUGCAUAGUAGUAUGAAUGGACGGCAUGGCCUUGCUGGCUGGCGGUGGCUGUUUAUCUUGGAUGCGAUCAUAUCCGUCCCUGUCGCCAUUUGGGGCUUCUUUGGACUGCCGGAUACUCCCCAUACGACCAGGGCGUUUUACUGGUCUUCCGAGCAUAUUCGAUACGGUAUCGAAAGGAUCGAAAAGAUCGGCCAUCGAGAGCAGCCAAAAUUCACCUGGAAAGAAGCAAAACGGGUCUAUUUGCGCUGGGAACUUUGGGUUUUCGUCGCUACAUACACGAUGAUCGCGGCCUGUCACACAGCAACCAGCUACUUCAAUCUGUGGCUGAAAGCCGCCGGAUACAGCGUCAGCAAAAUCAACACGCUCCCAACAGGCGGCAAUGCCCUCGCCAUCGUGACUACGAUUACGUGGGGAAUUUUGGCGGACCAUACAGCGCAAUAUUACUGGUUGAUCACAGGGCUUCUCCUCACGAUGAUGUUGUCGAAUAUCUUGCUUUCGGUGUGGUAUAUUCCUAAGGGAGGGUUGAUGUUUGCAUAUUAUCUUUCUUAUGCAGGGUCGGCCGGGACACCAGUGUUAAUUAGCUGGGCGACGCGGGUUAAUGCGAAUGAUGCGAGCUUGAGACAGCUUCUGGUGGCUACUGCGAACGUUGUUUCCUAUGCUUGGGUGCUGUGGGUGCCGUUGGUUCUAUUCCCAACAUAUGAUGCGCCGAAGUAUAAGUACGGGUAUCAGAUCUUGAUAUUGUUCGGUGGUCUUGCGAUCAUCAGUGUCACAGGCUUGUGGCUUAUUUUCAGGAGAAAAAGUCAAAAAGAGGAGAAGGAGGGUGGCCAGGGUGUUGAGGCUCAGCCAGCUAACUCCCAGGACAUUAAGUAG